CCACCUUCACCAUGAAAACCACUGAUAAGCAGAUUUCUGCUCUCAUUGUCGCAUUUUUAAGACAAUGCCUUGAAUGUAACACCAUUCCUGAUGAUAACAAGGACUCAAUAGAAUUCGCAAUUGAGAGCAUAGGUGAGGCAUUCGGAUUAGAUUCUACAUUCUGUGAACAAGUCAAUGAUGUCUUUGGGGGACAAGACCUUCGCAGUCUUAUUUCAUUGCCUAUGAAAGAUCCUUCGAAAUCUGUCGACGAUGAGUCGGUUCCCGUUCAUAUACAAGAGAAUGAGCUAAACAAUAAGGACAAAGCUGAGUCAUUGAAGCUUGAAGGUAAUAGAGCAAUGGCCGCUCGUAAUUUCAAAGAAGCAAUUGAAAAGUAUAGUGCGGCGUUGGAUUUGUAUCCUUCAAAUGCUGUGUACUUAUCUAAUCGUGCUGCAGCCUACUCCUCUUUUGGAAAACACGAUUUAGCUUUGAAGGAUGCGCAAAAGGCCACUGAAUCCGCGCCUAAUUAUGCCAAAGCAUGGUCUCGUAUGGGACUAGCGAAAUAUGCACUAGGAGAUAUUGAAGGGUCUAUGAAGGCUUAUGAACGUGGGCUAGAAGUUGAAGGUGAUUCACCCUCUGAUGCUAUGAAAAAAGGUUUCGAAACUGCCAAAAAAAAGUACACAGAAACUUUAGCUGCAUCAUUAGGAUCUACGAACCGUCAUUCAGAGUCUCAAGAUUCUGCUAGUGGUGAAGCUAGCACAACUAGCACAAUGCCGGAUAUAACAAACUUGGCUAAUAUGUUCGGUGGAUCUUCCGAAGGAUCACCUUCUAGUGGAAAUAAUCUUGGAGGUAUCGCUGGACUAAUGAACAAUCCCCAAAUCAUGCAAGCUGCACAAAGAAUGAUGCAAAAUCCUGAAGCCAUGAAUGGCCUACUCAACAAUCCGCAAAUAAGACAAAUGGCUCAAAAUUUGGGUCUCGGGGGUGAUGGAGGCUUAGAUGAGCUCAUGAAUAAUCCUAUGCUUCAAAACUUAGCCAAUCAGUUCAGAAACUCCAGCUAGUACAGAUGCAAGAAUUAAGUGGGCUUAUUCAACAAGAAGCGUUCCCUGUCAAGCUUGAGUCUGUUGUGCUGUGAUUUGAGCAUUUUAAUUUGCGUCUUUGCAAAUUGUCUGAACACAAUAGGAAAAAAUCGUUUCUUGAAAAGGUAGAAAUUAUUGAGCUCCAUGGAUAUAGACUCAUAACCAGCUCUGAAUCUGAUUGCCAACCGGUUAAUGUCACCCGUGAUAGCGGUGAAGAGCUCUUCAAGUUUGCGAGCUUGCGUAAUCCUGUUCCUCUCCGAAAACCUCGAAAGAUCAAAGAUCGCGAAAAUUGAGCUUUGCUGGUGGGGAAGAUUUGUCGUAGAUAUAUUACCUGUUGACUUAAGAUAUGAAUAUCGGCUUCUUACUAGGUAUUCGCUUAUCCUUGCAGCCAACUGACUAAGCUGAUCGUAUGAAAUACGCGUCAACGAUGAAUGUUGUUGCGCCGUUUGCAGUAAUUGGUGACACUGAUCUUGCAGCCCGCUAAUCCGAUCAAAUAAAGACCAUGUCUUCUCGAUAUAUAGAUCAGAGAAAUACCUCAGCUCAUCACGAAGGUCUUUGGCUGAAUACAAAAAGAAACUCAGGGAAUCUAACAACUUCUCACCAUUCGCAUUCUUGCUCAUCGAAAGUAUUGUGGCGCUGGUGUUGAAUAGGCCUCUAAUCCCAGUAUAGCCGUGUGAAAUGUGAUCAGGCUCUUCAGAAAACCUCAUUCCAUCUGAUACCCACGAAUACAGCUUUUCAAUGUCGCUCCAAAGAAUUCCACACAACGAGUGUUGUCUAUAAAGCUUCUCGCACGUCUCAAGGAAUUUCAACAGAUCAUUACAAGUAAGCUGGACAAAAGUUUGAGCACUUAUCAGCUCCUCACAAAUGGAGUCAUAAGAAAACUCUUGUUUGAAUGGAAUCAAUUGUUGCGAAUGAUCUGAACUGUCCAAUGAAGUUUUCUUACUCAGAAGUUUCCAAAGCUCGCCAUCAAUUCCCCUUUCUUCGUUCAUGGUGAGAGACGCCAAUAAUAAGUUGAGCUGUGAAGUUCGAUCAUUUUCCAAUAGCCGGCUCAUAUGGCCAAAGGAGUGAUGUUGAUUUGAACCCAUUCUCAAUUUUCGUAAAAAGGAAAGUCUAACCUGGGGGAAAUCAUAUGGCCGUGAAAGUUUGAGGGCAGUCAACAUUUUUAUAAGUUCUGAUUCUUUGUGACGGGUGAUCGAUCCAACAUUUUGAAUCGAUGGCUUGUUCCCCGACAUGAGAAACAAGUACAAAAAAGCAUCACUAUCUGUGCUGUAUCUUUUUGUGAUGAUCACCGCGCUUCUGAUCGAGUUUUUCGGGCAAAAAGUUCUUAAGAGUGAGUUACUCAUGGUGGUCAGUAUUUUAAAUCUGAGUCUAUCAGAAUCUGACAGACUCUCUGAUUCUUGUUGCAAGGAGUGCUGGAGCAUCGAGGUCUUGAUAUAAUCAAAAGCCGUAAGAUGAUUUUUUGAGUUCGCGCUUGAGAUGUCAGUAUUUUCAUCACUCAACAAGUCAUAAACGUUCCAGAAUUUGUUGUACUUGAUCGAGAACAUAAGCGGUGUGAGACACUGAGAAUUUGGGUAAUUAGGAUCCAACCCACAAAAUAGCUUCAGGAAAAAACCCAAUGUUCUUCCAUCCUUGAAUGAGUGAAGUAAAGAAUUAUUCUUGGCAUCUAAAUGGUCUUUAAGAUCAAAUGAUAGAUUAUGUUUUGCAUACCACUCACAAACAGUAUGGAGAACAGCCUCUAGAAGAUCUGGGUAAUUGGGAUGAUCAUAGCAGCGGACUAUCGUAGCAAGAGGGGUUUGAUGAAAACAAUCAACCUGUCUCCAGUUUAUAUAUGUCCCAAGCAUUUGUACAAGGGGCUCGUAAUUCAUCAAGUAAUGUCCCAGGUUGCGACCUAAGUUAUUCAAUUUUGAGCAGUAAAGUUCAAUUUCGCUUUCGGUUGCUUCGCUUAUUAUGUCAACGAGUUCCAAUAUAAUCUUACUGUCACCCUCAAUUAGAGCUAGCUGAAGGAGAGUAGAGCCCGUAUUGUCGGUAUCAGUCAAGAUAAAAUCCAAAUCAUAUAUUUCACGCAGAUCGACCAGGGUUUUGAAGACGGGCCAGCUUCUGCGUUUUAUUGCUAUUGUAAGGCAGGACUCGCCUUUCAAAUUUCUGGAUCUGAAAGCUCUUCCUGCAAACGAAUGCGCCAUCUCAAACCCGACGACCUUGUGGAGGUGAUCCUGUAACCUAUGAAGGUUUUCAGGAAUCGCUGUCCAAAAUGGAUCCUCCACUGGAAGACAAAUGGUAUUCCAUAGCUUUUCAUUGACUCUGCAUUGCCUUGACAGUAAUUUGAUGUUUUUGUCGUCACUCAGAUAGCUAAGAGCGGCUUCUAUAGUAGAAAUAACAUAUCCCAGUGAACCACUUUGAAAUUUCUCCGGGAAAAUAUAAUACCUUUUGAUAUAUUUCACUUGACAUUGAAUAUGAGUUACACCUGCAGUCCCCAAAACAAGUAUUACCAACGACAACAAAGUAUCUGCAUCCAUAAUGAACUCGCAAUUUGAUUUGCUUGGAUUGUGUGAUAAAGCAUGUAUUGCUUUCGAUAAAACAUCGAGCUUCUUUGAAGCAGUCAUUAAAUAGUCGAGCAUCCUUAUUUCACUGACAGCUUUAGCAACUCGACCAAGCAAGAGUUGGAUCAAGCUCGUAUUCUCCAGAACUGAAUCCGGUAAACCAAGCUGUGAUAUGCUCAUAUGCUGAAAAACUUCAUAGCUAGCAUUCAACAAGCGGUCCGUAUGAGUGGUGCAAAGAUCCACAAAACGCUGCCAUAACUUAUCAUAUACGUUCAUCUCCACGUACUCAUAGACUGCUUGACGAAGACCUUCCUCGUUGAAUUUUUUAAUCAGAACCAAAUGGGCGGGAGUGGGAAGGGAUCUAACAAUCUCAACAGCUUCAAUUACGGUAGCCAAGAACAGAGACAUGAGCUCACCUUCGCUUCGAGCUUGUCUAACAUCAAAGUUUAGAAACAAACUCCGAAACUGAGGUCCGAUAUUAUUAGCGAGUUCGGGUAAAUUAUUCAUUAAAUGGUUGAAGUCUUCACGAUACUCAUCCUCGGAGUUUUCGUAUUGGCCUUCAAUGCUCUUUUUGAAGCCGGAUAGUAAGUCUUGUGAAACCCUGUUCCCGCCUGCAUAAACCAAGGGAGAUUCUAUGAAGCAAACUUGAAGCUUAUAUCCAGGAUAAAGGUAUGACACAGUGCUGUAAAUUAGACUUUCGAUAUAGAUUGUGUUUUUACCUGACUCAAGAUCACCUUCUUUUCUGAGAAAGUAGCCGUUACGAAACAAGCUCAAGCCACCAUGCAUAGUAGAAACCGAAGUCUCAUUUCCGAUUGAGUGACCUGUCUCCGUAUCGACAAUAUGUGACCGAAAGAAAAAGCUGUCAAAGUCCAAGUUGCCUGGGGGUUUACUUUCG